AUGCCUUCUCAAGUGGCAACAUGUCUGCGCCUUGCGCGCCAGUUCUCUGCCAAUCCGGCUAAGCACCAACAAUUCAUGGCUCGCGCCUUCUCCAGCAGCGUCCGCCGCAGUGAAAUCAACAAGGUGUACCCCUCCGCCGAGGUCGCCGUCAAGGACAUGAAGUCCAACUCCACCCUUCUCGCCGGUGGAUUUGGAUUGUCCGGUGUCCCCGACUCCCUGAUCAACGCCGUUCUGGCCAACCCCUCCAUCACUGGCCUGACUGUGGCCAGUAACAACGCCGGUGUCGACGGAGCCGGUCUCGGUCUGCUCCUCAAGUCCAAGCAGAUCAAGAAGAUGAUCGCCAGUUACGUCGGCGAGAACAAGACCUUCGAGAAGAUGUACCUGACCGGUGAGAUCGAGCUCGAGCUCACUCCUCAGGGAACCCUCGCUGAGCGCUGCCGCUCCGGUGGUGCUGGUAUUCCUGCCUUUUACACCCCCGCUGCGUUCGGUACUGUCGUGCAGACCGGCGCUGUGCCUUUGCGCCACAACGAGGACGGCACCGUCGCCAAGUUCUCCCAGCCCCGUGACACCAAGGUGUUCGACGGCAAGAGCUACGUUAUGGAGGAGUCCAUCAAGGGUGACUACGCCUUCGUCAAGGCCUGGAAGGCCGACAAGCUCGGUAACUGUCAGUUCCGCUACGCCGCCGCCAACUUCAACGGCGCCAUGGGUCGCAACGCCAAGAUGACCAUCGUCGAGGCUGAGCACAUCGUCGAGCCCGGUGAAAUUGACCCUGCCGCCAUCCACUUGCCCGGUAUCUACGUCAAGCGCGUUAUCCAGAGCACCGUCGACAAGAAGAUCGAGAAGUUCACCUUCGCCAAGGAGGAGGGCGCCGACAAGUCUGCCCUCGGCAAGGGUGACACCGCCAACAAGCGUGAGCGCAUUGUCCGCCGUGCCGCCAAGGAGUUCAAGAACGGCAUGUACGCCAACCUGGGUAUUGGUAUGCCCAUGCUUGCCCCCAGCUUCGUCGACCCCUCCGUCGAGGUGACCCUUCAGUCCGAGAACGGUAUUCUCGGUCUCGGUCCUUACCCCAAGCAGGGUGAGGAGGAUGCCGACCUCAUCAAUGCCGGCAAGGAGACCGUCACUCUCAAGCCCGGUGCCAGCUGCUUCGGCAGUGACGAGUCCUUCGGUAUGAUCCGUUCCGGCCGUAUCGACCUGACCAUCCUCGGUGCCAUGCAGGUCAGCGCCAAGGGUGACUUGGCCAACUGGAUGCUCCCCGGUAAGAUCAAGGGCUUCGGUGGUGCCAUGGACUUGGUCUCCAACCCUUCCGCCACCAAGGUCGUCGUGACCAUGGAGCACACCGACAAGAAGGGCAACGCCAAGAUUGUCAAGAACUGCGAGUUCCCCCUGACCGGUCCUGCCUGUGUUAGCCGUAUCAUCACUGAGCUUUGCGUCUUUGAUGUUGACUUCUCCCACGGCCUGACCCUCGUUGAGAUCGCCGACGGUGUCACCGUUGAGGAGGUCCAGGCUAAGACCGAGGCUCCCUUCAAGGUUGCCGAGGACCUGAAGCCUAUGCUGUAA